CAUCAUUUGAGACAAUCAUUUAUUGCAGGUUAUGCAGUUUUUUUGUGCCUCCUGCACAGGCUGUUAUCACAAUGAMGAUAAAUUAGCAUUAUAUUGUGCAGUCCUCAAAUCCACUAAUAAAGACUCUUUAAAAAGAGGUGCAGUAUUUAUUUUGACCAWCCCCCAUGUGUCAGGUUUUAAAUCAGUACAAAAUUUGUUUCAUCGUUUUCCUUGAACUGYGGUGUAACAUUCUAGAUUGUUCUUAGAUCAUAUAUCUUUUUAAAAUGAUUUUUAAACACUUAUUUUGCUUAACUGCUGGGUGACUUGAUAGUAACACUCCAGGAUAUGAGACUGUACUGCUCGCACACUUUGUCUGGGGCAUCUGGGUGUUAAUGGAUUACUGAAAGGUGUUGACUCAGGUAUGUGUGUGCCUAGCUUUGUGUGUGUGUGUGUUUGUGUGUGUGUGUGAGGGUGGUAUGAUCCGCAAAGUAUGCUCCACUCUGGUUCUGACACCAGUCUUAAGUUUCAGUGUGUCUUCUCUGCUCUCCAUAUCACUCCUAUGUGAUUUCUGCUUUGUUUCCUCACUCUUGCUUUCUCCUUUUCAACCCCUGCACACCAGUUUGCAUCAUUUAUCAUCCUCAGCUCUCCUUUCUUUGCAAUGUUUUUCCUCUCUUAACAUUAACCCACCCUCAGCAUGGAUAUCGGAGGACUGACCACUGUGGUUGCAAACUCUGCGUACAUCAACGCCCGUGGAAGCAUUGAUGGCUCCAAUGCUGCAGCAGCUCGGGAUAAGAAGUACCAAUCUCGACUCAAACUGCCCCAUAUCACUGUCUGUGAGGGCCUGAGGGACACUCUGGAUUUGGCCUUUGACUCUGUCUGCGUGCAACAGCCGAUUGGCAAACGACUAUUUAGGGAGUUUUUGGAGGCAAAUCAGGACUAUCAUGGUGCUUGUCGUUUGUGGAAAGACAUUGAGGACUAUGAUCUGGCAGAGGACUCUGAACAAGGAAAGAAAGCCUCCAAGAUUGUUCAGCGGUACAUGGACCCAUCUGCCAAACACUUCUGCCCUUACCUACCUGAGGACAUCAUAGCCAAGGUGAAGGAAAGUCUGGAGUCUGUGGGGGAUGAUUUGUUUGCUGCAGCGUUGAAAAAAACGCUGGACUACCUUCGAGAGGCCCCAUAUGUUUUCUUUCUGGAGAGCAUGUACCUGAAGAGGUUCCUGCAGUGGAAGUGGCUGGAGAUGCAGCCCAUGGAUGCAGACUGGUUCCUGGACUUCCGUGUGCUUGGUAAAGGUGGGUUUGGGGAGGUGUCAGCCUGUCAGAUGAAAGCCACUGGAAAACUUUACGCCUGUAAGAAACUCAACAAGAAGAGGCUGAAGAAGAGGAAAGGCUAUGAGGGGGCCAUGGUAGAGAAGAGGAUUCUUGAGAAGGUCCAUAGUCGCUUCAUUGUCUCAUUGGCAUAUGCUUUCCAGACAAAGGAAGAGCUUUGUUUGGUCAUGACCAUCAUGAAUGGAGGGGACCUCAAGUAUCAUAUUUACCUGGUGGAUGAAAACAACCCGGGGUUUGAGGAGUCCAGAGCCUGUUUUUACAUUGCUCAGAUCAUCCAAGGCUUAGAGCAUCUUCACCAGAAAAGAAUCAUCUACCGUGAUCUCAAGCCAGAAAACGUGCUGCUGGAUAACGAUGGCAAUGUUCGAAUAUCUGAUUUGGGUUUAGCUGUGGAGCUAAAAGAAGGCAAAACAAUGACCAAAGGCUAUGCUGGAACACCAGGGUACAUGGCUCCAGAGAUGCUGAAAGGAGAUAAAUACGACUCUUCAGUGGACUACUUCACCUURGGGGUGACUUUGUAUGAGUUCAUCGCUGCCAAGAAUCCUUUUAGAAACAGAGGGGAGAAGGUUGAACGUGAAGAGAUGAAGGAGCGCAUGUUGACCCGCGUGGUGACCUAUCCGGAUAACUUCAGCGAGCACGCCAAGUCGCUGUGUGACGGGCUACUGGCCAAAGACGUGGAUAAGAGGAUGGGUUUCAAAAACGAAUGCUGUGAUGAAAUCAGAGCGCAUCCGUUUUUCAASAGYAUUAACUGGAGAAAACUGAAUGCAGGUAUUCUACCUCCUCCUUUUGUCCCUGACCCUAAAGUGGUUUAUGCUAAAAGUCUGGAUGACGUUGGGGCUUUCUCCUCGGUGAGGGGCGUAGCCCUGGAGGAUUCCGAUAAAACCUUUUUUGAUGAGUUCUCCACUGGUAACAUCCCAAUCCCUUGGCAAGAGGAGAUGAUUGAGAUGGGCAUUUAUGGUGAGCUCACACUUUGGGGCCCCGAAGGCACCAUUCCAAACGAUCUCCGCAGGGAGUCCAUCCUAGAGCAGCCCAAGUCCUCAACGUGCUGUAUAUCAUAACAACACAGAAAUUUGAAUCACUUGUAAUCCCUUAGAAUAUGCAUUUUAUAAAACUCAAAUCCUCGGGAAGGACACGAGUCUCCUCUGAACUUUCUGAUUGCAGAAUGAAACAGUUUGAGACUUUUUAAGGACAAGAAAAAGAAGAAAAAUAAAUAUGGAUUUCAGAACAGUCUUAGCUGUUAAAAAUGACAAUUUAUACAUUUUUUUCCCCGUCUUCAGUUUGCUCAGCCACCUCUUCCUAACAGAGCUUUAUAGUAUCUGGUGCAGUCACUGAAUUGCUUACAGUAUUUGUCUCCGCUCUUUUCAAUGGAUAGUAUUUUUUUUUCAACAAAAUAAAAAGCUAAAAACUAUCAUGGGCUAAGACCAACAAAUCCAAUGUUUCAAGCUUGUAGAGAAACAAUUUUAAGGGUUAUUUGAUUGAUGACUUCUGACUCUUUUUUUGAAUUCUGUAUUUGAGAUGAGGCAAAUAAAAACAAGAGACUGGUGUUACAGCAAUUUAUUUCUAGAAAAAAAUGUAACAAAURUAUCAAAAGUAACAAAUAUUUGGAAUUGCCAUGUCAAAUAAAGUAGCUUAUUCUUAUAACAA